AUCGCGCACUGCGUUAUUCCGCGAGACGAUUGGCGGCCAUCUUGAACGAAAUCGUAAAGGGGACUCGCACCCGAACGCCGUGGUAACGUUUCGUCCGAAGUCGAAAACGUUCCUCUGUAAAGCCGAGGCGGAGGAGAAAUAGCAAACAGGACCGGAGAGUGCAGGACUUUACACCGGCUCUCCUCUAUUCCGGCGCGAGUUCUUCGUUUCACCUUCUUAUCCUGGGAAAGGGAUAGUUUUAGUUGGGAAGUUGUGUGUUAAGGAACCGGCCGUUGACCGACAGACAGCAGCGUGGCUUACAUUCGACCCUUUUUCCACUCAGUUCUGAGGGACAAUAAGUGGUGUAUGAUGAAUGCGUGAUAUAAUGGAUAAGCGGAAAAUGCUGGCCAAACGCCCAAGGUUAGAUGCACUCAGAGGUCCCAUUGCGAAUGGGCCCAUGCAGACGAGACCACUUGUCGCCCUCCUCGAUGGGCGUGACUGUUCCAUUGAAAUGCCGAUACUUAAAGAUGUAGCCACAGUUGCAUUCUGUGAUGCUCAGUCUACUUCUGAGAUCCAUGAAAAGGUAUUAAAUGAAGCUGUCGGAGCUUUAAUGUGGCACACCAUAGUUCUAACGAAAGAAGAUUUGGAAAAAUUUAAAACCCUUAGGAUCAUUGUUCGAAUAGGAAGUGGUGUUGAUAACAUUGAUGUCAAAGCUGCUGGUGAAUUGGGCAUUGCUGUUUGUAAUGUUCCUGGUUAUGGUGUCGAAGAAGUAGCAGAUACAACCUUAUGUCUUAUUCUCAAUCUUUACAGGCGGACAUAUUGGUUAGCAAAUAUGGUACGGGAAGGCAAAAAGUUUACAGGGCCUGAACAGGUACGGGAAGCCGCACAAGGUUGUGCAAGAAUCCGGGGUGACACUCUUGGCAUAAUUGGCCUCGGCAGGAUCGGUUCAGCAGUAGCACUCAGAGCAAAAGCCUUUGGUUUUAAUGUAAUUUUUUAUGACCCAUAUUUGCCGGAUGGUAUUGAAAAAAGUUUGGGUCUUACAAGGGUUUAUACCUUACAGGAUCUCUUAUUCCAAUCAGAUUGUGUUUCGCUUCAUUGUACUUUGAAUGAACAUAAUCACCACCUUAUUAAUGACUUUACAAUCAAGCAAAUGAGGCCAGGAGCAUUUUUGGUGAAUACAGCUAGAGGUGGUUUGAUUGAUGAUGAAGCCUUGGCAACUGCAUUGAAGCAAGGGAGGAUACGUGCUGCGGCUCUUGAUGUUCAUGAAUCUGAGCCUUAUAAUGCAUUCCAAGGAGACCAACGACCAUUAAAGGAUGCUCCAAAUCUUCUUGUAACACCACAUGCAGCCUUCUAUUCUGAUGCAUCGUGUACGGAGCUCAGGGAGAUGGCCGCUUCAGAAAUUAGGAGAGCGAUUGUUGGUCGCAUACCAGAGUGCCUCAGAAAUUGUGUGAACAAAGAAUACUUCCCAACUGCUGUUGGGUACCCAGGCGUGUCCGCACCUGACGCUGGCAUCAACGGUGGCUAUUAUUCCUCUGCAGCUGCAGCAGCAGGUGCAGGUUCAGGUGCGGGUGUGGUAGCGUCAGCACUUCCGGUACAGCAAGCCCACUCAACUACAGCUCAUGAUACUGUACCUCAUUCCGCAGCCCAGCCUCCUCAACCUCCCACACAACCCCAGCAACCACCACCUCAGCAGCAGAUUCCACACAAUAUUGAAACAAAUAUUGAUGUAACGGACUUCUCUCGUUUAAGAUAUGCCUCUUAGCAGUGCAGAUCCAACAAACCACCAUGUGGUGAAACCUGAACCCUCUGAAGUCCAUUGAAGAGUUGAAACCCUGAAGAGGCUUGUGAACGAGUUUAUUUCUUUUACAAGAAGAUUGUGAAAAGUGAAGUUAUAGUAGUAUAAAGGGGAAAGAACUUUAUUCUUUUCUUUCCUUUUCGUCGUUGUCUUCUCCUUCUUUCUUUUUGUUUAAUUUAUUUUUUGUAUGAACAACUUUAAGCUCUUCAAAGUGAUAACAGUUUGCAGCAUGAUGAUUCUAAUAUCAUAAAAAACAAAUAUUCAGUGUGUGUCUUUUGUCUGCUGUGUGUGAAUAUUAACAGAAAAAGAAGGAAGAAUUAUUAGGGUGUACAGACUUUUAUGAAAAGAGGACAGCAACAAAUUUAUAAAGUUAAGGCAUUUUAUCUUUUAUUUUUAGGUAAUUUCAAAAAAACGAAACAGACUACAUUACAAAUAUAAACAGCUAGCUAGUCACAAGUUUUUAUAUAAUAAUUGUGAUGAAAACACGAUUUAAUGAAAAUUUCUCAUUUUAAUUUCUUGAAAUUUCCUAAAAUCGUUUUUGAAUCGCAUUUAAAAAAGAAAAAAAAAAUUUAAAAAUGUUCUCACUACAAUUGACAUACUACAGAAGAGAAAUAUUUGAAAAUGUACUUAGUAAAAUAACUCCAUAAAAUGUGCCUCUAAUAUAUUUUGUACUUGUAAUAAAUUUAAUUACUAUGGUUUUCAUUUUAACUUUUUUUCACCGAUAGUAGCAAACCUCGGUUGUUAUUAUAUAUAUCACAUUUAUCAUUAAUAUAAUUGUUCCUUUAGAUGGUUUAUUUGGGAUGGCAAUUAAAUUUCGUAACCUUGUAACUCUCAACAAAAUACUUGUAUCAUAUCCCUGUAUUCUUUAAAAAAAUAAAAUCCUGCUAUUAAACACAUAACCCACUGGCAGUAUACAAGGUUAUGAAGUUUUUCUAAAACAAAUAUAUGUAUAUGAUAUAGUGGGUGCAACAAAAGGUUUUACUUAAUCAACAAAAAAAAAACCUAUUUUAUAAUAAUUAUAUACAUAAAACUAACUAAAAGUAAAUAGAUAUUUAAAAAAACAAAAUCAGCUUUUGUGGUUCCCAUUAUAUAAUUUUGAAUUGUAUUGUAUAUAAGUAGAAAAUUUAUUCCAGCCUAGGUUUUGUCGGAAUUGUAUUUUUAUUAUUAUUGUAUAUUCAGAUUUGGGUGAGGCGCAAGUAAAAUACUUUCAAAUAAACAUCACAGGGGUUUUA